AUGAGCAAUCAAGCAAGGACACUAAAGGCAAUCAAGUUCGAUCGAGAAAAUAUCAAGUUGGAGAUUUUGAAUCAAUUAGUAUUACCCUACGCAACAACUUACAUUCCAAUCACCACAAUUGAAGAUGCUUUCAAUUCGAUUAAAUCUAUGCAGGUGAGAGGCGCACCGGCAAUUGCCAUUGUUGGAGCUUUUGCAGUGGUGGUUGAUACCUUCAACUAUUUGAAUUCACAAAACUCUGGGGAUCGUGGCGUAAACGAGCUCCUUCAAUCCUUGGAUUUCUUGAUUAGUUCACGUCCCACUGCAGUUAACCUUGCCAAUGCCAUUAGCGAUAUUAGAACACUUUUGGCUAAAUACGACAGCACCCAACCACUAAAUGAAGAAAUAUACAACCAAUUGUUGGAAUACGCUACUAACCUAUACGAUGAAGAUUUGGCCAACAAUUACAAGAUAGGUGAAAAUGGGUUAAACUAUAUUAGAGAUUCGUUAAAAGAAGAAGGAUUCGAAGGUCCAUUUUCCAUAGUCACUAUAUGCAAUACAGGAUCAUUGGCCACUUCGGGACACGGUACAGCACUCGGAAUUAUACGCUCAACGUACCAGGCUUUGAACAAGGACCAAUCGAAGGAAAAAUUUCACUUGGAAAAAAUAUAUCCGUUAGAGACUAGGCCAUACAACCAAGGUGCCAAGUUGACUUCGUAUGAGUUGGAUUAUGAAAAAAUCCCCUUCACUUUGAUAUGUGAUAACAUGGUAUCCUCAUUGAUAAACACUUUGAAUAGUGAAUCCGAAUCUAAAUCCAACAAUAGUGAACCUGUCAAAUUUAUAAUUGUUGGAGCAGAUAGGAUUGUUGAAAAUGGCGACACUGCAAACAAGAUUGGUACUUUCCAAUUAGCCACAAUUGCCAAUUACUUUAAUUCGGCACAAAACACAAAUAUCAAAUUUAUCGUUGCUGCUCCAAGAACCACAAUUGAUUUGAAAACGAAACAAGGAUCACAAAUCAAGAUUGAAGAGAGACCGAAACAUGAAUUGACAACUCUUGUGGGUCCGCAAUUAAACGGUCAAGAAGUAGGAGAUAAAGUCACUGUUGGGAUUGCUACACCUGGAAUUGAUGUUUGGAAUCCAGCAUUUGACGUCACCCCUCACUCAUUGAUUGAUGCGAUAGUCACAGAAAAUACCAAGGUUUACACAAAGGACUUGAAUGGAGAAUUUGAUCUUUCUAGUUAA